AUGAGCGGGGCUUACCAUAAAGGUACGACAUAGUUUUAAUGACAUUUUAUUUGAAGUCCAACAAUUACUUCCCAGAUUGUUGUUUUCAGAAUCAUGUACUGAUCUCUGUCUUUUGGUGGUGCAUCAAGAAGGUGUGCAGAUCUUAGUCCUGUGUGAGGCUGAGUAUUAAUUUUAUUGAGCUAUAUUCACAUCAUCAAUAAUGCAUCAUAGCACAGAUGUACCUGAGCCUUACGUUAAGUCUUCCCCUGCCUUAGUCCACAACCAGCAUUUUCUGUGCCACUGUGUAGCUCUUUCUAGAUUUCACUGUCCUGCUAGCUGAUGACAUGGUUUGAAUAGAAGUAAAGCUGUGCUGAUAUAUGUUAAGUUGUUAGAUAAAGAUUGGCUGUGUGAGUUCUGUCAUAACCAGCCCUGGGGACCAUGACAAAGACACAGUAGGAGCCAGUGGUUGCAGUGACACAGUUAUGGGUCUCAGUAUCUGCAACCGCAUUACUUUCAUUAGUUGUGUGGAGACCAGGAGAUCCAUUUGCUAGACUCAUGAUCCUCUCCUUUAGCUGACCAUUAUUUGGCAGCAAAGUGAAAGACUGCAGCGCCAUAAAAUGACUUUUUAUACAGGUGAAUUGGACGCAGCUUACUUUUUAGAUGACCAAAAAAUUGAUGUAAGUGUGUCUAAAACACUGAAUUUUACAAUAUAAACUUUUGCAGUUGGAUGACUUCAUUGUAGUGAACGUAGUAUUUUUCUUUAUCCAAAAUAAGCAGCAAAAUGUCAUGGUAACUUUCCACUUUGUAAAGGGAUGAAUAGCUGCAGAGUAGUGAUGAUUUUCAGUAGGACAUAAAUGUGAUUUUGGCAGCAGUAGCAGUGAAGUGUUUGCAGGUAUGGUCACAGUAAAGCUGUUAUAGAAGCUACAGUGACAGUAAUGAUGUUUAAACAGCAGCAGAACUGUCUGUAAUGAUAGUAACUGUACAGAGUUAUCAUGCAUGUCAGUAUUUAAUGAUGCUAUGUGCUGCACUGUGAAAGAUGGAGUUUUAGGGCCACUUUAUAUGGAAGGAUAUGGGAUUUGGAGAUCAAAAAGAGACUUAGUCUAUUAUGAAAAAUAACUGUCUAACAGACAGCCUGUGACCACUGUUUAUCUUCUGCUGUUGAGUCAGACAUCAAAAGAUCAUCUUGAGUCCUUGUGGACUGACCAGAGUGUGUAAUUUAUCUAAAAUCACUGCUGCAUUCUGGUUAAAUUAUAGCAUUAGAUAGCUGGCUUUAAUUCCUCAGUGUUACACAUGGUUGUUUUAUUUUGGGGCACGCAUUCAUCUGAAAUUUCACCUUUUAACUUGUGGUUGGAGUUUUUGUUGUUAAUGUACGUGAUGAGUGAAAGUUUCAAAGUUUUGUGUGAUGCCUUUGUGGACCAAGCUAAAAGGAACUAGCUGUUCAAAACCCCCAAAUUCUUAUUUUACAAUUCUAUAAAAAGAUUGAUUCAUAAUUUUGUAGACUUUUCUGCUUAUUUAAUCAAUCUGACGCCAACAAUAUUCUAGUUUCAUCUGGUUAGCACAGUAAAAAUGUGUAUUGGUUGAUGUUACUGAAAUAUUCAGAUGAUGUAGUGGGUGUUUCAGGCUCUCUUUGAAUCACAUUCAUUAAUUUGGUCUAUUCAGGGCAAAGUGGCGAUACUUAGACUUUUGACUUAUGUGGCUUAACUUCAGUGUUUUCUCUUAAGAUCAUAAUCAGAACAUAGUGAAAGUUCAUGUUUGUACCAUUUUUAGCUUAACAUUCAGAAAGAGACACCUCACAGCUCACAGUGAGACUGAACCAAGUUUAUUUCUCAGGAUUCACAAAAUAGACAAGUUAAAAAAACGAAGAAAAUCUCAGAAUUAUUUUGGUCGAAGAGACAAAAGAGACUUUUACAAGAUCCAGUCCUAAAUUUUGCCUUGUUAUGGGCAAGGAACUCUAAAACUCACCAAACUGUCCUUAUUUUAUGACAGUCACCAUCAUUUCUGUAUUGGAGGUGAUUUUGUGAUAGAAACAAAGCCCUUCUUGGCUGUCAGCACAUUCACAGUCAGGCAGUAGAUAUUACGGCCGAGAAACUGAAAGACUCGUCUCUGUUUAUUCUCAUCUGCAACCAAAAGCAGUGUUAGCUUUAUCACUGCAGUUAAUACUCUUCACAUUUGCUGAAUCACUGCUCUAACAACUUUUUCUGAGUUGUUUUUAGGUCAUAAAUACCUGGAUGGCUGCAGGGCAUUAAAAACAGGACAGACAAGAUCAAAAAGCAACACAGAUACUUUCAUUAUUUACAGCAUUAUAUAAAUCUCCAGUCUCCUCUCAUACUGAUCCAUCACACAUCUGUAUUUGUAAUUUGAUUAUAUUUAAGGCUUUAUUAGAUGGGUCCUGAUAAUGCUGAUUCAGUCUAUCAUACCAGGAAAAUACCACUGUGUAUCACUAAAUCACUGAGUUUUAUAAAACUGUAUUUACAUGAUUUAACGAAUCGUACUGCGUCUUUCUUUGCAUUGCCCAAAAUGGACUCAUCAACCACAAUUUCAGCGUCAUUCAAUCAAAGUGACAAAGUUUGGCGCAGUGUUUCAAAGCAUGAUAAUGUCUGGAUAAGGUCCACAAUGAAUCUUCUGAAGCUCCAGAUAAGAAUUUAAAACAGACUCAGAGGUUUUUUUUUCCCCAUCUGUUCAAAACCAAGUUUGUGUGCUCUGGACUUUUACUGUCACCAAUUAAACAUUAAAUUAUAAAGCAGCAGAGUGUUUAUAAUUCACACUGUGCUGUUUGCUGUGCUCAGUUUGUCCUCUUCUUUCCCUCUUGUUUUAUUCAAAUAGGUCUUACCUUUUCUUCGGAUUUAUUUCGACUCAUUUUUGUUGAACUUCCCUCGUGCAUUUGAAGCAUCUUAAGAAUUCCUUUCUUAUCCGACAUAACUUUGACCUGCCCUGCUGUUGACAGGUAAACGUUGACAUCCUGAGUCUUUCCAAGCCUGUUAUGUAACGAGAAAACACAUAAACCAGAUGAACGAAGGCUGUUAGCUCAGUUCUGUGUUGGUCUGAACGCAACUUUAAUCUUUAUAUUCAAAUGAUUGAGAAGUACAUUUAGGGCUGGGCAAGUAUAAGUACAGCAUUAAUGUGGUUCACCAGGGCACACAUCAGCCUCAAAAUUAAAACUUAAGAACAGACAAAAGCAGAAAAAAACUUUAACUGUGACAAUGGCUAAAGUAAAAAUAAAUAAAAAAACAAAACAGGGCGUUCCAUUUUCACUCUGCGACAACUUAACUCCAGUCUGUGUUUCAGCCACGGUCUCUGAUUCUGUCAGUGCAAGGACAUUUUCAUCAGAGAGGGAAAAACUACUUGACUUACUGAGGGUAAACCGGUCUGGCUGUCAGCUCUGUGUACUGAAACUGAAAAUAUGUUCAGGUGUCACUUUAGCCAUGCCAAUCACAUAUCAAUGCAACAUGGGACGCAAACCUAAACUCUUACCAGCAGCAGAGGGUGCUUAAGUGAAGCACAAAUUACCAGUCCCAGAGAAACACUCAUAAGAAUGCAUUAUAAACAGUAAUCACAACAGCAGAAUUACAAAUAUUGGCCCUGUAACAGCAAAAUAUAAAGAUUGAUUUGAGCAGAUCAACAACUUCUCAGCACAAGUAACUAUCCUGUUGCUCUGUCAAUACAUUCCAGUAAAAAUCCUCCGAUAAUAGUCCCCCUCCUCCACAGAAUCAAGCCAGCAUCAGCAGCCAGUUCAACCAUCAUGAAGAACAAUUGUUUUAUAUAAAACUGUUUUAGUCUGUGUUUUCAGAAAUAAAUCAAAUAUGCCCAGCCCUACCAUUACGUUAAAAAGUACAUUUCUGUCUGACAGGGUACUACGGAGGAGCCUCUGAUUCAGAGGAAAGGAGGAUUGUUUUGGUCGGGAAGACCGGUGUGGGAAAGAGCGCUGCAGGAAACACCAUCCUGGGCAGAGAGGCGUUUGAGUCCGAGCUGUCUCCGUGUUCCCAAACAGCUGAAUGUCAGAAAGCUAAGGGCACCAUUGAUGGUCGAAAGGUUGCCAUCAUUGACACCCCAGGGCUGUUUGACACAAAUUUCACCCAAGAAGAAGUCCUGAGGAGGAUUAAAAUGUGUGUUUCUCUGGCUGCCCCAGGUCCUCAUGCCUUCCUGGUGGUUCUUCAGCUGGGCCGGUUUACACAGGAGGAGAAAGACACCAUCAAGAUGAUUCAGACUACUUUUGGUGAAGACGCUGCCAGAUACACAAUGGUGUUGUUCACACAUGGAGACCAACUGGGAAAACAAACCAUUGAGGGCUACGUGGCCGAGAGCCCUGACCUGAAAGCUCUGAUCAGGACAUGCUACAACCGAUACCAUGUAUUCAACAACGAAAUCAAAGACCCCGUACAAACCAGCGUCCUCCUGGACAAAAUUGACAAGAUGGCCAUGGCCAACGGAGGAAGCCACUACACGAAUGAAAUGUUCCUGAAAGCAGAGGAGGCCAUAGAGAAGGAGAAACUGCGCCUCCUGAAGGAGAUGGAGGAAGAGAGGCAGAGGGAGCUGGACGCACUAAAGGCUAAAAUUGGAGCAGGAUCAGUGUACCACAGGGAGGAACGGCUUGUGUACAAGAGGUACGAGUGUCAUGCCAGAACACAGGCUGAGAAAUCCAAUGAUUUUAUCGCUGCUCCAGCUAUACUAUUAUCGACGACCUGUGGUGCUGCUGUUGGAGGGCUUCUAGGUAUCGCAGGAGGACCCAUCGGUAUUGCAGUUGGAAUUGCAGCUGGAGCAGCGGUGGGAGCUGCAGUUGGAGCUAUAUCAGUCAGAGUCUCUGAGCGGUGCAAUGUUCAGUGA